AUAAUUCAAUCAAAGGAAGAAAUAGUUCUCCUAAGAUGGAAUCUGUGAUUUGGGAAUGUGGUUGAUCAACUUGAUAUGUUGGCCAAAUGUGCCCUCUGUAAUAAAAUGAAGAGACAAGAUGAUGUAAUUUUCCCAUAUUGUGAAACCACAAACAAAUGCCUUUUGUGAGACCAAGCUAACAAACCUCUGAUGGUACAGAGUGUUUAACUGAUUGAAGAACUUAACAGUGGAAUACAGAAGUUCUUUCAAGCCAAGUCCUGCAGUUAUAUGUUGACCUGACAUACAUAUUGAGUAGGCCUGAUCAUCCGUAUCUUGGAAGAAUGGCUAUAAGCUGGAUCAUCUUCUGUCUUUGGCUCUUGACUGUGUUUGUGGGGCAUAUAGGUGGGCACAGUUUAUUUUCUUGUGAACCUAUUACCUUGAGGAUGUGCCAAGAUUUGCCUUAUAAUACUACCUUCAUGCCUAAUCUUCUGAAUCAUUAUGACCAACAGACAGCAGCUUUAGCAAUGGAGCCCUUCCACCCUAUGGUGAAUCUGGAUUGUUCUCGGGAUUUCCGGCCAUUUCUUUGUGCACUCUAUGCUCCUAUUUGUAUGGAAUAUGGACGUGUCACACUUCCCUGUCGUAGGCUGUGUCAGCGGGCCUAUAGUGAGUGUUCAAAGCUGAUGGAGAUGUUUGGUGUUCCUUGGCCCGAAGAUAUGGAAUGCAGUAGGUUUCCAGAUUGUGAUGAGCCAUAUCCUCGACUUGUGGAUCUGAAUUUAGUUGGAGAUCCAACUGAAGGAGCCCCAGUGGCAGUGCAGAGGGACUAUGGUUUUUGGUGUCCCCGAGAGUUAAAAAUUGAUCCUGAUCUUGGCUAUUCUUUUUUGCACGUGCGUGAUUGUUCACCUCCUUGUCCCAAUAUGUACUUUAGGAGAGAAGAACUAUCAUUUGCUCGCUAUUUCAUAGGAUUGAUUUCAAUCAUUUGCCUCUCUGCCACACUGUUUACUUUUUUAACUUUUUUGAUUGAUGUCACAAGGUUCCGUUAUCCUGAAAGGCCUAUUAUAUUUUAUGCAGUCUGCUAUAUGAUGGUAUCGUUAAUUUUCUUCAUUGGGUUUUUGCUUGAGGACCGAGUAGCCUGCAAUGCCUCCAUCCCUGCACAGUAUAAGGCUUCCACCGUGACACAAGGAUCUCAUAACAAAGCCUGCACCAUGCUUUUUAUGGUACUCUAUUUUUUCACGAUGGCUGGCAGUGUAUGGUGGGUAAUUCUUACCAUCACAUGGUUUUUAGCAGCUGUGCCAAAGUGGGGUAGUGAAGCUAUUGAGAAGAAAGCACUGCUAUUUCAUGCCAGUGCAUGGGGCAUUCCCGGAACUCUGACUAUCAUCCUUUUAGCGAUGAAUAAAAUUGAAGGUGACAAUAUUAGUGGCGUGUGUUUUGUUGGCCUCUACGAUGUUGAUGCAUUGAGAUAUUUUGUUCUUGCCCCUCUCUGCCUAUAUGUGGUAGUCGGGGUUUCUCUCCUCUUAGCCGGCAUUAUAUCCCUAAACCGAGUUCGAAUUGAGAUUCCAUUAGAAAAGGAAAACCAAGAUAAAUUAGUGAAGUUUAUGAUCCGGAUUGGUGUUUUCAGCAUUCUGUAUCUCGUACCACUCUUGGUUGUAAUUGGAUGCUACUUUUAUGAGCAAGCUUACCGUGGCAUCUGGGAAACAACAUGGAUACAAGAACGCUGCAGAGAAUAUCACAUUCCAUGUCCAUAUCAGGUUACUCAGAUGAGUCGUCCGGACCUGAUUCUUUUUCUGAUGAAGUACCUGAUGGCUCUUAUAGUUGGUAUUCCCUCUAUUUUUUGGGUUGGAAGCAAAAAGACAUGCUUUGAAUGGGCCAGUUUUUUUCAUGGUCGUAGGAAAAAAGAGAUAGUGAAUGAGAGCCGACAGGUACUCCAGGAGCCUGACUUUGCUCAGUCGCUCCUGAGGGACCCAAAUACUCCUAUAAUAAGAAAAUCCAGGGGAACAUCCACCCAAGGAACAUCCACACAUGCAUCUUCAACUCAGCUGGCUAUGGUGGAUGAUCAAAGGAGCAAAGCAGGGAGUGUCCACAGCAAAGUGAGCAGCUAUCACGGCAGCCUCCACCGAUCCCGUGAUGGCAGGUACACCCCCUGCAGUUACCGAGGGAUGGAGGAGAGACUACCUCACGGCAGCACGUCCCGCCUGACGGACCACUCCCGGCACAGCAGUUCCCACCGGCUGAACGAACAGUCGCGACACAGCAGCAUCCGGGACCUCAGCAACAACCCCAUGACCCACAUCACACACGGCACCAGCAUGAAUCGGGUUAUUGAAGAGGAUGGAACCAGUGCUUAAUGUGUCUUGUCUAAGGUGGAAAAGUUGUGCUACGUAAAAAGCGGAUUUUGUUCUCUGCCUUUGCAUGACAGAUGGCUGUAACUCACUGUCAUCCCGCUUUCAGUCAGGUGUGGCGUGUGUCCAUUGGGAAGGUAAAUUUUCGCUUUUUAUAUUGAAUCAAACUUGGAACAUCAAGACAUGCAAAACACUAGGAAUUGUAUUGUCACAGAAAUAAUUCUUUCUAGAUUGUGAAGAGAUAAUUAUUUGUCUGGUAAGCAUUUUUAUAAACCCACUUAUUUUAUAUUUAGAAAAAUCCUAAAUGUGUGGUGAUUGCUUUGUAGUGAACUUUCAUAUACUAUGAACUAGUUGUGAGAUAACAUUCUGGUAGCUCUGUUAAUAACACAAAGUUUCAGAAUUAAAGGAAUUUUCUAUGCAAGGUUUAUUUCUCAGAUGAAUAGCAGGACUUUGUAGUUUUAUUUCCAGUAAGAAAAAAAAGAACUGUUUUUAAACUAUAGGAGAAUUUGAUAAAUGAGCAAGGGUAUUUUCACUAAUGGAAUUUAAGUCAACAGAAGAAUCUGAUUAGUCUAUGGGAGGUUCUCUUAAAAUUCUAUCAAAAUAAACUGUAUUCUGAGAUAUUCAAAAUUUGGUUUAGCAAUGAAAUGAAAGCAGAGAUGGGCAUUUUCCUCCUAUAAUUGUGUUGUUUUUUACUUUUGUAAAUAUUACUUUUACUGGCUAUUUUUAUAACUUAUCCAUAUGCAUGAUAGAAAAAUUUUAGUUUGUAGCCAUCUUUUUCCCAGGUUAUAGUACUGCUUCAUAGAAAACUUCACGUUCAGAUAUGCUCUGUGAGGCAUGUAAUAAGCAUCACACAUUAUAAGGCUUUUUGUGGUAACCACAAUUACAAAAUGGCAAAAUA